AUGGAAUCCGAAGUGGCAACCAGCAGUGAGCCGGAGUCACCAGCCAGUGCCAGAGGAACCACUGGCAACAAGGUCUUGGGCAAAGGGAAGUCCAGAGGCCGUUCCAAUCACGGAAAGGGUCGUGGAAGGACAAAGCGAUUGAAACCAGGACUAAAGACAGGGCAUCAGUCUCCCUCUGUUGACAGAAGUGAGGAUGUUUGUACUUCCAGUGAACCCCCCUCUUCUCCAGAAGCUGCUCGAAUACGAAAUGCGCAAGCCAAGUUUGAAGCUAGAUGCAAGCCCAUGCGCAAGAAGCUGAAGACAUCUGUCAACUCAGUUGAGGAGUUCAAGCAACUAUGUGGCAGUGAGGAAAGCAGGUCUACUGCACUCCUUGAUUUCCUCAAGAUCGCAACGUCUCGUUUGACUUCAGCUGAGUUGGAAAUCCUGCAGAAGAUUGACAUCUCUUAUGCUGAGUUUCAUGCUGGCAUGGGCUCUGGCUCUAUUGCUCUUGAAUGCAUUCGUCGAGUUCUCUCUGGCGUCUACGGCAUCUUUCCUACAUUCGAGGCAAAGUUCUUCACUGAAUGCCUUUCCUGGAAGCGUGAUCAGCUGAGGAAGACGCUGGAGAGCUUGGGAAAAUCAAAGUUCCAGUUGGUGAGUGAGACAGCAGUACUCUCUGCACCAGCAGUGGACCUUCUGACAGCGGAUGUCUGCAUUGUCGCUAUUGAAUGUGGUUGGACCGUUGUUCAUUUGAUCAACGCCCGAUUGUGGUUCUGGGAGUGCGUGCAAGCCCUGGCAUCUACAAGAAGCUCAGUGUCAGAAAAAAGCACAGAGAUCGUGGCUUCGCAGAUGCAGGAGAGGGGCUACAUGUCAUCCUUCCAGGAAAUGGAUGCAUUGUCAUUCGGGAUUCCCCAGAGCCGGGGAAGAGCCUACGGAAUCUCUGCUAAGCUUCAAGGCCUUGGAGAGGUAGGGCGAGGCAAGACAGCUUCACUGGUGGCAGCCGCUUGGGAAACCACCAGGAAAUUCCACCUUUCUUGCCGAGAACCACUUCAUGACCUGUGGUCCAAGUUUGGAGCAGUGGAAUCUGCAGACAUAUCGAGCAGUGAUCGCAAGAGGAAGGCAGGGAAGCAGAAAGACAAGGAGUUAUGCAAGUGGCCAGAACAGCACCAGGAGUUCUUGAAGAAGGAAGAAUUGCGGACAACACUAUCUUUGCCGCAAGUGAAAUGGGCUCGUCAAGCCUUUGCUGCAUUGCGCUUGCCUGAAAGAGAAGUGGAGGCAUCAACACUCGCUUUUGCAAAGCUACGCAAAAUGCUUCAAGAGGACACAGCUGCCUAA